ACCGGCAAAUUUUUCCAUCAGUUUCGAACCUGCAACAUCCCUAAAAAUUAACAAAAUUAUAAAUAAAUCAAAUCAUAGAAAAACUGGUAUCGACGGUAUCCAUGCUCUGGACAUAAAAAGAAUUGCAUUAAAUAUAACUUACCGACUAUAACAAUAAAACUGCUAAAAAGAAUAUCAAGAUAAAUUAUUACAAAAUAUAUACCGAUAAUAAUUGCUUUAUAUGAGAUUUUUAUUUUUAUAUUUUUUAUUUAUUAUCAUGCUAAAUUUAUCGAUAAUUAUAAAUGAUAUUAAACGUCAUUGGUUGUGUCAGUGCCUGUGCACCACACUACAUAUUCAAGAUGUCAAAAUUCUGCACCGAAUUUUAAACUUAGAUAAUAUGUUAAUAAAGCUUUGAUUAAGUUUAAGGAGUCCUGUGACAUACAUAAGUGUGUGAUAUAAUAGGAAAGUAUAAGUGCAAAAAUUUCACGACUCCACUAUUUCGUGCUCUAUCUGUAUUUGGUGCUUGGUUUAAAUUAAUUUUAUUGACUUCUUUUGAAUGAGUGAGAAUUCAACGAAAUGAGAAAUCCGCUGUUUCUUCAUUUUUAACGCACAUAAUGACAUAAAACAAAGAUUUGAACAAAAACGCUGUCAAAAUGAAGAAAUCCAGAGAACGAUCAAUCCACAGCAAAGAAAAUAAUGAAUAUAUGGAUGCAUUUAGUUCAAUCAAUGAAAGGCCAGUUGAUGAUAUAUCUUUAGAAUUUUUCUAUAAGCCUCAUACGAUUACUCUUCUAGCAGUAUCUAUUGCAUCAGUUAUUUAUUCUGCAUUUGUAAGAGAUGAAUCUAGGAUUCAGGAUAACAUUUGGUCUGGUAUUUGCUGUGUUGUGUUCUUCUUUCUGAUAAUAUCCGUACUUACAUUUCCAAAUGGACCAUUUACAAGACCACACCCUGCUGUUUGGAGAAUUGUAUUUGGGCUUUCAGUUUUGUACCUACUGGCUUUGCUCUUCCUAUUAUUUCAGAGCUAUUCUACAGUGUACGAAAUAAUGUAUUGGAUUGAUCCUAAUCUACGAAAUUUUCAUAUUGAUAUGGACAAGGAGUAUGCAGUUAAUUGUUCUGACAUCAGUUUUACAAAGGUGUGGUCCCAUGUGGAUGUUUUUGCAUGGGGACAUUUUUUAGGAUGGACAUUUAAAGCAAUACUUUUUAGACAUGCUGGAUUAUUAUGGGCUAUAUCUAUUAUGUGGGAAAUAACAGAAAUAGCAUUUGCUCAUUUGUUGCCCAAUUUCUUAGAAUGCUGGUGGGAUUCAGUGAUAUUGGAUGUGUUAAUAUGCAACGGUUUGGGUAUAUGGUGUGGCCUUAAAAUAUGUAAGGCUUUAGAAAUGAGAGAGUAUAAGUGGGUUGGUAUUAGAGAUAUAUCUUCAACAACUGGAAAAAUAAAGCGUGCUAUACUUCAAUUUACACCGGUUCAUUGGACUCCUGUUAGAUGGCUUGAUCCUACAUGUACUUAUAUGAGAUUUUUUGCAUUGAGUCAACUUGUGGUUUUUUGGCAGAUAUCAGAACUAAACACAUUUUUCUUAAAACACAUAUUUGAAAUGCCUCCUUCACAUCCUCUGGUUAUAGCACGUCUCUGUCUCAUUGGCGUUAUAGUGGCUCCAUCUGUUAGGCAAUAUUACAUAUAUGUAACUGAUCCAAAGUGUAAAAGAGUCGGUACACAGUGUUGGGUGUAUGGCGCUAUUAUGGUAACCGAGUCUAUGCUAUGUAUAAAAAAUGGAAAGGAAUUGUUUGGUCAAGCUCAAGUAUGCAAUGUGAUUGUGUGGCUAGUCAUACAAAUUUUAGUAUCAAUUGGAUGCGUUUACGGAGUUGUACUCUAUCAUCGAUAUUUUGAGAAUGUCAAAGACAAACCCAUCGGCAUUUAUAAUCUUUUUCUUUUUCAGGCCAAAAGUAAACAAAAAUAAUCAAUAUCAACAAGGAGACAGGAUGAAGAAAUAUCAGCUAACCUAUUUUUAUCGAAAUAUUACUAUAUGGACAUAGCGAUAUUAUAAAAUCUCAGUUAUUUUGUUAUCAACGUGGCGAAAUAGUAUACUGAGUUUGAGACUGAGGAAAAAAAUAUCAUAUUCAAUUCUCCAAAAAUAUAUAAUUUAUCACCACUCGUAUAGUUAUGUACACAUUGUGUAGAAACGAGUAUAAUCUUGCAAUUAGUUAAUGUGUUGACACGUAAACUUUGUUAAACAAUAGUGAAAGACAAGUCCAGACUGCAAAAUGUAUUUAUAGUAAUGUUAUUUACCAUUCGUAGCUCAUGCGCAUUAUAAUAAUGUGUGUCGCGUCGAUAUACUUCCAACUACCCUAUCAAGCU